UCUUGCCUGGCAUGAUUGAAGCUUGCACUUUCAGUGGAUUGAUAGCACCUGCAUUGUGCCGUGAACAUAAAGUCGCAAAGUUUUUAAGUGGAGGGGACCAAAAAACCUGGAUGAAAGAGGGAUAUGCGCUUCCAUAUCCUGCGAUCUUCACAGGAGUGGCUGCUGGUCUUUGCUCCAAGUUUGCUUGCACCAAUCCAAGAUCUGAGGAAGAACAGGUGGUUUUUUCGGCGCUCGUCUCAUGGGAAAGUAUCCGACAGGUCCUACGAGCUGUGUUGAUGAUCCAUCCUGCAGUGUUCUCAUCACCAGCGUCACUCAGACAGGCCCUUUGAUCGUCUACGCGUUUUGGGCUUUCGUUAUCAGCUGCUGCUCGGCAUUUCAGCUCUGGAAGUUCUUGAAGCUGCGAAGGAAUCAGGUGCAACCUUUAGUCCUCCAGAGGAACGGGAAAGGCGAGAAUUUUUCCUCAUCUGAUAGAAAACCGGGAGAAGAUCAUGUGGUGAAUGUGGAAGAGGAGAAGGAGCUCCGAAUCACUGGCUACACUUGGUCUUAUUUUGGAGAGUUCUGCUACUUUCUCUGCUGCCUGACAUCGCUUCACUGGAUCCUGCUCCACUCGCUCUUACUUUUCGAUGCAUACAAUAAGUGUCAAGUCGGUGGUGUUGAUAACUUGUGCUUUUAUGGGAAUUAUUCGGUGUUCGGGAGUUAUGACUUCAAUGGAAAGAUCUUUUUCGUGGUCUGGUGGCUCUCGGCCAUUUGGUUUACAGCUUGGGUAAUAUUCAAAGGCCGAGUAAGAUUUUGGUUUCGAAUUCCUUGCGGUCUUGAGUCUGCCGGAGUCGUCUUUAUCUGGACCAGAGAAAGCGAGCAGAUUUUGUCGACAAACGACUUGCCGCUCGUGCACUACGUCCGUUACUUUCGAAAUUUCCUAUCAACUUUUGAAGAGUUACAUGGUCAUUCCGAGAUUGUCAAAAUACUCACUACAAAGGCCGGGCAGCGGCAUUUUUUCUUUCAAGGCCACAGGUUCUUGAUCAAAGGCGAAACUGUGACAGACGUGCACUUCAAAGUUGGGGAGAGAUACUCAGAUUUCCUCAAGGAAGCCGAAGGUCUUACUGAAGGGGAAGCUGAAAAGCGUUUAGAAGAACUUGGUCCAAACGAAAUCCCGUUUAAACCAGAGUCCCUCUUCUAUUCUAUAUUCGAUGAAACGUUCACGCUCUUUAAAGUGUAUCAGCUCAUUUCCUACAUUUUGCAGUUCUGGAGUAGCUACUUAUUCGUUGCAUCGCUCAUGAUGUUUAUUGUGGCACUGAGCGCUGCGAUAACCAUUUACAAUCGACGUCGAGGCCAGUUCAUGAUAGCCAAGAUCACUGAGUAUGAUACGCAAGUUGAAACUCUGAGAAGCGGUCAAUGGAUAAACCUUGCUUCGCGAAACUUGGUACCCGGGGAUGUUAUCAAGCUCAAAAGCGGCUGGGUGCUUCCAUGCGAUCUACUGAUCAUCAAAGGCUCCUGUGUUUGUGACGAGAGUGCUUUGACUGGUGAGCCCAUGCCAGUGCAAAAAUACGCUGCUCCCAACACCGACGUGCAGUAUAAGGCCGAUGGCCUUGGCUCGCGGCAUACUUUGUUCUCUGGAACUACUCUACUUCAAGCAGGACAGGGCCAUGAUGAUGCUCUCGCAAUUGUCACGGAGACAGGUAUGUCAACCUCCAAAGGCGAACUGGUCGCGACGAUUUUGUACCCUCAAAAGCUCAUCUUCAAGUACGAUGAGGAGCUCCAAAUCGUUGCCUGUCUUCUUUUUAUCUACGCUAUCGUAUGCUUUGGUGUGUCCAUAAAGUUUCAGAACAUGAACGGACAGCAGAGUAUUUGGGUGACAAAGUGGAUCUACUGUAUGUUCAUCAUAAAUCAGAUAAUGUCGCCACUAUUGCCGGUCGCUCUUGAAGUUGGACAAAUUCACGCUCUGGAGAGUUUAAAGAAGCGUGGGGUGUUUUGCCUCAAUCCAAAGCGCAUAGCUAUCGCUGGGAAGAUACGAGUUUUCUGUUUUGACAAAACUGGGACAUUGACAAAAGAGGGACUCGAUUUUGUUGGAGUUCAGAGUGUCGUCACUAACUCCUUUGGACCAGUUUUAUCACUUGAAGGGGGUCAAAGAAUUGAUGAUAUUGUUUUGCAUGGACUUGCCACAUGUCAUGCUGUUACAAAGUUCGGAAAGGACUUGGUUGGAAACCAGGUUGAGGUGAAAAUGUUCUCAGCUGUGGGAUGGAAUUUGAUAGAGUCCGCAAACAGUCCCCCAGUCGUUUCAGAUGGUUCCGGAUCACGGACCUUUAGAAUCGUGAGACGAAACGAGUUUGAUCAAUCGAGAGCAACAAUGAGUGUUGUUGUGGAGGACAACUCUGGAAACUUUCACAUCUACUGCAAGGGUUCUUUCGAAAAGAUUAAGGAGCUGAGCAACGCUCAAAGCCUUCCAGCGGACUACGAGGACAGAGCACGGCUUCAAGCCCUGCAAGGUUGUUAUGUUCUUGGUUUAAGCUACAGAUAUCUUGGCCGAGAACUGGGAUUUGAAGACAUGUUAGCACUACCAAGGAAUGAGUUGGAAAAGGACCUGAAUUUUAUAUCUCUGGUCUUGUUUAGGAACGAGCUCAAGCCGGAUAGCUCUGCAGCUAUUCAAUCUCUCAAAGCUGGAAAGGUUCGUCCCGUGAUGGUUACCGGUGAUAAUGCUCAAUGCGGCCACUAUAUUGCUAAACAAUCUGGUAUGUUCUCAUCUGACUGUAAGAUACUACUGGGUGAUAUAACGAACGACAACAGCGUGGUAUGGUCUUCAUUGAGUAGUGAAGUGACAACGGGUAUAAGCCGCAUGACCACCGAAGAACUUCUUCAAAGUAGAGCGAGCUCACUUGAGGAUGGGACCUUGGAACUUGCGGUUACGGGUAAAGCUUUUAAUCGCUUACAAGAAUCCAAGAGAAUGGACGACUUACUUCUUUACACACGAAUCUUCGCAAGAUUCACUCCUUCCGAUAAGGAGAAAGUGGUAACUAUGCAUAGAAACCAUGGCCUAAUCGUGGGAAUGUGUGGUGACGGUGGAAACGAUUGUGGAGCGUUAAGGGCCGCACACGCCGGCAUCGCUUUAAGUGCUGCAGAAGCAUCGGUGGUGUCUCCAUUUACUGCCCGAAACAAAUCGGUCCAAGCUGUGGUAGAUUUACUACGUGAAGCGCGAGGUGCUCUCCAUACGUCAUUCGCAUGCUACAAGUUUCUAAUUAUUUAUGGCCUCCAGUUCUCAAUAUUCAAGCUUUGUUGUUAUUGGUUUGGGAUUAUAGCCUGCCAAAUGGACUACAUAUUUAUUGAUGGCGUAGCUGUGCUCAGCCUUGGUUAUGCCAUGUCUCGGUGCAACGCUGAAAAAAUACUCAACAAGGUGAGGCCUACUUCCAGUUUGCUUGGACCUUUAAACGUAGCAUCGGUGCUGGGGCUAUGGGGAAGCAACGUUGUGUUCCUGGUGGCUGCAAUUUGUUUCAUGGCAAGCCAGAAGGAUUACGUGAGAUGGCCGGCACAAUACUCUCGUGGUGCAAGCUGGUGGACGCUGGGUGACAACUGGGAGUCCACAGUGUUGUUCUUCACAAUGUAUUUCCAGUUCAUCACGUCCGCAUUCGUUUUCUCGUUUGGCUCCAAGUUUCGAAAGACCGUAUUCAAAAACUUCUCUUUGAUGGUUUCGUACUGGUCAUUGAUCGCUGUGUGCUCUUGUCUAUUGCUUCUUCCUCACAACAAGUUCACGGAAGUAUGGCACGUUGCAAGCGAGCAAUUCAACCGUGCAAACCCCGCCUCUCCAGUUUGGGCGUCUUACCAGAAAAAUGGUGGACAGCCUUCGCCGGCCAUGAGCUUUGAUUUCCGUUUCAAGCUAUGGUGGAUCAUUCUCGCGAGUCUCGCCAUCAAUAUAGCUUGGCAAAAGGUCGUAGUGGAAGGCCCACUGGCACGGAUUUUAGCUGCGAAGUAUCCCUCAAAGCGGCCAAAGCUACACAUAUAGAGUAUAUUCUUAGAAUCGCCAAGAAUGUACGGUACCAGAAAUUUAUAAAUCUCAAGGGCAAGCGCCAUCCUGAUUUUAAGAUUUAGGGCUUUGUGGAAUGGCGCGGGCGAUGGCGAUUUCGGCUCUACCGGCUGCGCGUCUCUCGAGAGUAGGCCUCUGGAUUCCUCCCACAUUUUUCUUUUCUUUCUGCGAAUGGGAUUGGAUUUAGCCAGGCUUGCUCCGCUUCUGACAAAGACAAGCUCCAAAUUCCCGCUGCUGCUAGUGUCCCCGAGCUCAAGACGACGAUCUUACGCUCCGUGUCUAACACAAAUCGUGGUAAGGAUGCAACGAGUGAGCAAAAGCAAAAGAUUUUGUCACUGGUGGAGGAACUAGAGCGUAUGAAUCCCACUAAAAACCCAGUAAACUCUGAUCUUUUGUCUGGAACUUGGGCUUUACUUUACACGGCUCCACUGAAUG